AUGGAAUACUUCAGUCUCAAGCGGUCGACUGCGCCCGAGCGCGGCCAGUCGAACCUGUCCAGCAAAGUCUAUGUGCGCUCAACCAAAAGCGGCAAGGUCCAGAAAAUCGUCAGAGAGCUGUAUCUGCGACAGGACAUUCCGUGCUCGUCGAACCUGUGCAGAGCCUGUCUGGAGGUGGCGCCCACAGAUUACUCCAAGAGAGCAUCACCUUUUGUCCUGUCCGACACGCCCGCAGGAUCAAAGCAUUUUCCCAAUGGCCAGUAUCUCGUGCCAGACACCAAUGCUUUUCUCACUGGAAUGGAUCUGUUCGAAGUUGAAACCGCCUUUCAUGAUGUCAUUGUUCUCCAGACAGUACUCGAGGAAGUCAAAAACAGGUCCCUGCCGCUCUAUCAUCGUUUGAUCUCUCUCACCAAGAACGAGGGCAAGCGCUUCUAUGUCUUCUUCAACGAAUUUAGACAAGAGACAUACGUACCACGAGAGCCCGGCGAGACCAUCAAUGACCGAAAUGACCGCGCGGUGCGCAAGGCUGUGCAAUGGUACAACCAGCACAUCACCGAGGCCGUUGCCGCACGCAGCAAGAAGCAAACUCGCGUUCCUACCGUCGUCAUGAUUACUGACGAUAGAGACAAUUUGCGCAAGGCCAAGGAGGAAGAUACGCCUGGCAUGACACUGUCUGACUUCGUUUCGGGGUUGGAAAACUCUGAUGAGCUUCUGGACAUGAUCAGUGCUGCCCAAGAACAGCGAGAAGUCAGGUCAAAGAAGGCAGAAGUCUUCUACCCAGAACACUACACAGUCUCGAAAAUGAUGACGGGUGUAAAAGCAGGCACUUUACACCAGGGUAUCUUCAACGUAUCACCGUACAAUUAUCUCGAAGGUUCCGUGCAUGUGCCGGCUUUUGACAAGUCGCUUCUCAUCCUAGGGCGCGAAAACAGCAAUCGAGCGGUUUCUGGCGAUGUCGUGGUUGUAGAGGUGUUGCCUCAAGAUCAGUGGAAGGCGCCUUCUACAAAAAUCAUCGAAGAGGAGACGGUGAACAAAAAUGACAAUGCCGAGGCGGAAGAGGGGGAAAAUGUCAUUACCGAAAGGGAGCGACGAGCCUUGCAAGACGAGGUGAAGCGGGUUCACGGCCAGAGCGCAGAAGGGCGGCCACAGCCGACUGCAAGAGUUGUGGGUAUUAUCAAGCGCAACUGGAGACAAUACGUGGGCCACAUCGAUCGUGACUCGGUUCGCUCCUCGUCAAAAUCAAGUAGGCAGCAGCAAACAGUCUUCCUCGUCCCAAUGGACAAGCGCAUACCCAAGAUCCGGAUACGAACACGACAGGCCGGAGAGCUUCUCGGUAAACGUGUUCUGGCGACUAUUGAUUCCUGGGAGAAAGAUUCGCGAUAUCCAGUUGGUCACUUUGUUCGAUCCUUGGGUGAACUCGAAUCCAAGGGCGCUGAAACUGAAGCGCUGCUGCUGGAAUGGGAUGUGCAAUAUAAGCCUUUCCCAAAGACGGUCCUGGAUUGCUUGCCCGCCGAAGGCCACGACUGGAAAGUCCCUGCCAACAUGGAAGAUCCGGGCUGGAAAGGACGCAAGGAUCUCCGUGACCUCCUGGUCUGUUCCAUUGAUCCCGUCGGAUGUGUUGACAUUGAUGACGCUCUACACGCUCAUAAGCUACCAAAUGGAAACUACCAGGUCGGUGUCCAUAUCGCGGAUGUGUCGCACUUUGUCAAACCAAACAACGCCAUGGACAAAGAAGCCAGUCAGCGUGGUACAACUGUUUACCUUGUCGACAAGCGCAUAGACAUGUUGCCCAUGCUUCUUGGAACAGAUCUGUGCUCGUUGAAGCCAUACGUGGAGCGAUACGCCUUCUCUGUGCUUUGGGAAAUGAGUGAGGAUGCUGACAUUGUUUCUUCGCACUUCACAAAGUCCGUCAUUCGCUCAAGGGAAGCUUUCAGCUACGAACAAGCCCAGAUCCGAAUAGACGACAAGUCCCAGAACGACGACCUGACAAACGGCAUGCGGACGUUGCUCAUGCUCUCCAAGAAGCUGAGGCAAAAGCGCAUGGAUGCGGGUGCUUUGAACCUUUCCUCGCCAGAAGUCAAAGUCCGAACCGAGUCCGAGACGUCAGACCCCGCCGAUGUUCAGACCAAGAAGCACCUCGAUACCAACUCGCUUGUGGAGGAAUUCAUGUUACUCGCCAACACUAGUGUCGCUGCGAAGAACUACGAAGCCUUCCCACAAACAGCCUUGUUGCGCCGCCACGCUGCCCCGCCCAAGACAAACUUUGAAGAACUUGACAACCAACUCAGAGUUAAGAAGGGAAUGGAGCUCAAGACAGACAGCUCUAAGGCUCUGGCUGACUCACUCGACAAGUGCGUUGACCCUACCAAUCCCUUUUUCAACACUCUAGUCCGAAUCAUGGCCACGCGCUGUAUGAUGUCUGCAGAGUACUUUUGCGCGGGCACCCAAGCAUACCCAGAGUUCAGACACUACGGUCUUGCCAGCGAGAUUUACACGCACUUUACCUCUCCCAUCCGUCGCUAUGCCGAUCUUGAAGCGCAUCGUCAGCUUGCCGCUGCAAUCGAGUACGAGCAACUGGACGCGAGCCUGCAGUCCAAAGCCAAACUCGAAGCCGUGUGCAAAAACAUCAACGUUCGUCACCGCAACGCACAAAUGGCCGGUCGCGCCUCGAUCGAAUAUUAUGUUGGCCAAGCCCUCAAGGGCAAGGACAUCAACGAAGAAGGAUUCAUCAUGAAGAUCUUUUCCAAUGGCUUCGUUGUAUUUGUCCCGCGCUUUGGCAUCGAGAGUCUUAUCCGCCUAAGGGAUCUCGCAACGCCAGAGCCUGAGGCUGACUUUGAUGCUGAGAACUACGUACUGAGCAUCAAGGGAGAUGUCAAGAGGAGUGUCGAGUUGUUCGAGAAGGUAACCGUCAGAAUCACAGAUGAGCUUGAAGAAAGCACGGGCAAGCGGAAGGUCAAAUUGAGUCUCGUCUAAGGGCAAAAAGUGUAAUGGGUGC